GGGCUCUCCGGGCACAGCCGCCCGGGGGGGUCGCGGCGCUGCGGGGAGCGGGGCCGUGAGGGGCCGUGAGGGGCUCGGCUCUAUGCGGGGCGGCCAUGGAGAAGUACCUGGCGGGGAGCGGCCUGUGGGCCAACGGCUCGCUGGGGAACGGCAGCCUGCAGCCCGAGGACAGGGCGGCCGCCAGGAACGGCACCGCGGACCCCUUGAAGCGGAACGAGGACAUGGCCAAGGUGGAGGUGACCGUGCUCUGCCUCAUUCUCUUCCUCGCCCUGAGCGGCAACCUGUGCGUGCUGCUGGCCAUCCACACCACCCGGCAGAAGCAUUCCCGCAUGUACUUCUUCAUGAAGCACCUGAGCAUCGCCGACCUGGUGGUAGCCGUCUUCCAGGUCCUGCCCCAGCUCAUAUGGGACAUCACCUUCAGGUUUUACGGCCCCGACUUGCUUUGCCGGCUGAUGAAGUACUUGCAGGUGGUGGGGAUGUUCGCCUCCACCUACAUGCUCCUGCUGAUGUCCCUGGACCGCUGCUUGGCCAUCUGUCAGCCGCUGCGGUCCCUACACAGGCGGGCGGACCGGGUCUCCGUCCUGCUCACCUGGCUGCUGUGCCUGCUGGUCAGCAUCCCCCAGAUCCACAUCUUUUCCCUGCGGGACGUGGGGAACGGAGUGUAUGACUGCUGGGCGGACUUCAUCCAGCCCUGGGGACCCAAAGCCUAUGUCACCUGGAUAACCCUCAUGGUGUACAUCAUCCCAGUGCUGAUGCUGAGCGUCUGCUAUGGCUUAAUCAGCUUCAAAAUCUGGCAGAACGUGAAGCUGAAGACGGCCCACGGGCCCGCCGGGGAGCUGAACUCCACCGCCCGCGGCGGAGCGGCGUUCGCCAGGGUCAGCAGCACGCGGCUCAUCUCCAAAGCCAAGAUCCGAACGGUCAAAAUGACCUUCAUCAUCGUGCUGGCGUUCAUCGUGUGCUGGACGCCCUUCUUCUUCGUGCAGAUGUGGUCGGUGUGGGACACCAACGCUCCGCACGAAGCCUCCCCGUUCAUCAUCGCCAUGCUGCUGGCCAGCCUCAACAGCUGCUGCAACCCCUGGAUCUACAUGCUGUACACGGGGCACCUGUUCCACGACCUGAUGCGGCGCUUCCUCUGCUGCUCCGCUCGGUACCUGAAGGCACGGCCGGCCUGCGAGCUCAGCGUGGGCAGGAAGAGCCACUCGUCCUCCUUCGUGCUCAGCUGCCGCAGCAGCAGCCAGCGCAGCCUGGCGCAGCCGGCCGCCACGUGAGGGCACGCCGGGCCAAGAGCUGGGAAACGCUGGGACUGGGAGAGGGGAGUGCUGUGUAAAUAGGUGUAAAUACGGCUGUGCGGAUGGGGCUGGGCAGCGGCCAGGAGGGCUCGGGGCUGAGCGGCACCUGAGCACAUCCCCACUGGUGGCUUUAAUACAUGGACCGUCACCAGAGCCCCACCUGCACCCCAUGUGGAGUGAGAUGGGACAGAGCAGGGCAUGGGGCUGAGGGCGGGGACUGCGUGCUGGCAGGAGCAAUGCCAGCAUGGGAAUGGGAAUCUGUGCAAUAACAUCUGCUGAGCGUGCUCCGGGCUUCUCCUACGGCAUUUGGGUUAUGCUGGGGCUCCAUGCGGUUGAGGAGCUGCCAUCAGGUCCCCCGAGGCCAAGCACUUUUUCUGGGUUUGCAGUUGAUAGCGUUUUAUCUUUUCCACCGAUGCAGCCUUCUUGCUUUGUAAUGCACAGUCAUGCUCAUGGCAUGGGUUUUUUAAUUGUUAAGGAAUACCUGUAAAUAAAACUUUCUGACCGUGUCCUGAUGGAGGGGAGGUGCAAGACGAGCACUGUGCCAAAGCACAAAGGCCAUGGAUGGGUGCGAUGCAUUACACAUGGCAUUUGGUGUGAGGGUGCUUUUGUGCACAGGGCAGUGUGCUGAGCUCUGUGUGCAGGGCUCCAUGUGCGGUACUAGAGGGGACCCAGUGCUGCCCCCCUUACUGCCUGCAGCCCUGUGUGUGCAGCAAGGUUCAGCCUUAGUGUUGGGAGUGGGUAUGAAAGCAGCGCGCUGAAAUCUGUACCAGUUUCUUUUCCCACUGUCACCAACACGUAUAUUGUCACCUGUCAGGUUGUGCCGUUCCUUUGCAUGUUUUUCCAGGAGCUUUGAGGGAACUGUUGGCACACUGCUGACCCUGACCCAGCACAGCCCAUCUCAGCACCAGACUGGUUUAAAGUGUUCCCAAAGCACA